AUGGUCAUCAAGUCUCGUUGGAACCUUCCUAUCCCGCCAGUAUCUCUUCCAACCUUCAUCUUCGACUCCCCACACGGCGAGCUACCCAAAACGCCGGCGUACUUGUCAGCGAAAGAGCCGGAGAAAUACUUCCUGACGCUCGAAGACUAUCGCCUCUAUGCCAAACGAUUCGCAUCCGGUCUGCGGCGCGCAGGCCUGCAGCCAGGGGAACGCGUGCUGCUAUUUUCUGGAAACACACUGUUUUUCCCAUCCGUAGUCAUGGGCGUGAUCAUGGCUGAGGGCGUCUUUACCGGUGCAAACCCAACAUACGUCGCACGCGAGCUGGCGUACCAACUCAAGGAUUCGGGCGCGAAGUACUUGAUCUGCGCCGAAACUAGCAUAGACACAGGCAUUGCCGCAGCGCAAGAAGCCGGGCUAUCCGCAGACCAGGUGUUCAUCUUCGACGACGGGGCCGCAACCUUCGACCGCCGUAAGGUAGAGAAGGACACAACGCUGGGCCACAUUCGGCACUGGACCACACUCCUCGACACCGAGCAGAAUGGCCACACAUACGCGUGGCCGGACCUCAAGACGCGCGAGGAACUCGAUAGAGUCAUUGCGCUCAACUACUCGUCCGGCACAACCGGCGUCGCAAAAGGCGUCAUGAUCACGCACCGCAACUACGUCUCAAACUGCACGCAGCAAAUCCACAUGCAAACCCUGUCGCCCAACUACAAGCAAAGGCUGCCCAAGAAACGUCUCCUGUGCUUCCUGCCCAUGUACCACGCCAUGGCGCAGGCCGUAUUCUGUGUCAACGCCGCGAAAGAGCGCAUCCCCGUAUACAUGAUGCCAAAAUUCGAUUUUCUGGAGAUGUUGACAUACGUGCAGAAGUACCGCGUCAGCGACCUGGUCCUCGUGCCGCCGGUGCUGGUCGCCAUGGCUAAGCACCCUGCGACGCGCAAGUUUGACCUCUCGUCCGUCGAGCAUGUGAGCUCGGGUGCGGCGCCACUAGGCCGCGAGGCCAGCCAGGAGUUCGAGAAGCUGUGGGCCAAUGGCCAGGUCAACGUCAAGCAGGGUUGGGGCAUGACCGAGGUCACCUGUGCGGCGACCAUAUUCGACCCAUCCAAGUACAGCCCUUCAUUCAGCGUGGGCGAGCUGGUGCCGAAUUGCGAAGCCAAGAUUGUGCUGGACGAUGAGGGUCAGGUCGAAGUGCCGCAGGGCGAGCGGGGUGAGAUCUGGGUGCGCGGGCCGAACGUGAUGAAGGGAUACUGGAACAAACCAGAGGCGACGCGCGGGACAUUUGGACCGGGCGGGUGGUUGAAGACGGGGGAUGUCGCGUAUGUGGACGAAGAGGGGCAUUUCUUCAUCGUCGACCGCAAGAAGGAACUCAUCAAGGUCAAGGGGCUGCAGGUCGCGCCCGCAGAACUUGAGGCCAUGCUUCUGGACCAUCCGGAGGUGCAGGACGCUGCCGUUAUCGGCGUGCCGCACAACGGCGACGAAGCACCCCGGGCGUACAUCAUGCCUCAAAAUCCCGACAAGGCGACGCCUGAGCUCGCAGAGGCAAUCAAAGCGUGGCUUGCGGAGCGGGUGUCGAAGCACAAACGGUUGGAGGGUGGCGUGCACUUCAUCGACGCGGUGCCAAAGAACCCGUCUGGAAAAAUCCAAAGAAAGGUUUUGCGAGAGCAGGCUGCGCUCGCGGACACGAAGGCCAAGUUGUAG